AUGGAUCAAAAAGAUGAAAUUAAAGACCAAUCGAUGGCUUCAAUCUCUCAAACGGCUUUUUCUACCACAGAAUUAACCGAAAGUCAAACAACUAUAUCUCAAUUUACAACAGAAACUCAUCAAAUUGGCAUAAAAAAAAAUCAAUCAAAGUCUUCAUUCAAUUUUCUUACGACUCUGAAAGCAGUAUUUACUCGUAAGCCUUCAGUUCAAGACCCUUCUAACAAAAGUACAAAAAUAUUGCAAACACAAUUAAUACAUCUUAGAGAUACAGACCCCGAAUAUGGAGUAGUAAAAAAUUUAUUUGGCAUAGAGACGAAAAUUCAUGCCAUUAUCAAAUUACAAAUGCCGACGAAAUUAGAAAAUAGACACGAGAAAUAUAAGAGAUUAUUGGCCAAAAGGAUCAUAGGUCCACACAAGGACGUAGAUAAGGUUACGCAUAAAAUGUUUCAUGGAACUAAACGUUGGGCUAAUUGUGAUCUUUUAAUGAUUAAUGAAAGUGGUAAUAAUAACAUUAUUAAAAUGGAAAAUAACAUUCCAAAAUUUUGCCAAAGUGGGUGUGGAUUAUGCGGAAUUGUGCAACAAGGGAAUAGAAAAAAUGGAGCAAGAAAAAUGUGGUUUGCGCAACAGUCUGUCAUCUCUCUGGGAUAUUGUAAUACUGGUAUUAAAGUUAAAGUCAUGUUCGUUAUUGACUGUGUGGCAAGAGCUCAGCCCUCAGGUGUUUUUGUUACUAGUAGAGAGAAG